GCUGGAGAAGAAGCAGGCGGACACAAAAUACCGGAGAGAAGAACCCGGAGACUUCCAGUCAGUGACGCUGAGCUGCACAACAACCAGCCUCAUCCUCCUCCUCAUCCUCCAGCCUGCUCUCCUUAUUCUCGUCCUCAUCCUCCAGCCUGUUCUCCUCUCCUCUCCUCUCUCGGUGCAUGUGAGGCUGAUGUGCGUCCUGCAGGCUCAGCGAUCCGACACCAAGUCUGGAAGGUGCUGAGACAAGACAGAAAUGCUGAUGUCUGGGAUGCUCCAUCGCCUCCUCCUGGCCGGGAUUUGCCUCUGUGUCUAUGGAACGCCGGUCCACCUCCCCAGCUUCAUCCCCACACAGGACAGCCACUGUGAUGGGGAGUGUAAGUCAACAAGAACAGUCAGAUCAACACACAGCACGGGUGUGGAUGUAAAGUCUAAACCCUUAGACAGAGAGUAUGUUAAUGGCCUGGUACUGAAUGUAGGUGCAGGAGGAGGGGCUGACCCGAAUGGACAACCUCAGGGGAUAGCACCGGUGAGGCAGACAGAAAACAGGGACAGUCUUGAUGGAAAAUCUGGGACGAGGAAGGCUGGUGGAGCGGCAUGGAGCCAAAAGAGAAAGGUAAAGAAGGACGUGAGCUCAUCUGAAAUGGAAGACGGUGAGAGACAGGCAGCGUCAGUUCUGCCUGGGGAGUCAGAGAGCACCCAGGACAACAUGUCUGUAAUCGAUGAGAAGACAUCACCUUCAACAGGUGGGAAAAAGCAGCUGAUAGAAGACAUGAGUUCUUCAAGAUUAAGUCCAGGUGGAAAUCUGGCUUCCUCUACAGUGCCACCUCUGCUGGAGUCUUCAUACAGCCAACAAAACAACCAAGGUGGGGUGGACGGAACAGGACUCCCUGACGGAGAAGACUCCCGCCAGGAAAAAGACCCCGAAACGAGCUCGCCCUCUUUUACAGAACCUCCAUACCCUUCAACACAGGUCCAGAAACUGACCUCCCACAGUCCUAUCCCUCCUUCGGUCCUUCUCUCCACACCUCUCACGGGUUGGGGCCAUGAUGGAGCCACGACAUCCUCAAUCCCAGACCCCUUGUUACCUGAGAUCGGCCCAAACCUGAUGCCCAGAGAGGAUGGACCGGAAAGCCUGUGGACUGAGGCAGCGAGACCUGGCGGAGCGGACACUGAAGUGCCACUGUCUCAGGAUGAAGCCACAGAGGGCACCAUGUCAUCAGAGGCUCUCCCUCUCAUCUUUGAGCCUUUUGAAGAUGUUACACCAGAGGGGGCAGCGGCAGCAUCAGUUGUCACACCAGUGCCUGGCAGCGCUCAGCCUCCCACUGCCAUGGCGACCAGAGGAAUGCCUUUGUCAGAGGUGGACCUGGACCAGCUGGUCACAGUGGAGGCAGACAUCGACGGCCCCUCGCAUGCCCCACCCCUGCUGAUGCCAGACUGGACGUCAGCGUGGCAGACAUCCGGCGCCGAGCUCCAGGAACCGAUCGGCUCCUCGGUUCCGUCUGUUUCACAGCAGCUAGCUGCAAGUGAGCCAGAGGAUGGAUCUGAGAGAGUUGCUGUGAGGACGCCAAACCUUGAAGGGUAUUUGCCCACCACUGGCCCCUCCCUUUCAUCCUUCCAGCACGCCAUGAAAACGGUUACCAUGGCAGCCCAGCAGCCUGUGCACAAAUCUAGAUCAGGGUUAGAGGAGAUGGAGUCUGAGGAGGAGACAGAUGAGCACGAGGAGGACGAGAACUCUGAGGAAUCGGUGGAGAAAGAGAGCGACGAGGACCUGACAGAUACACCAAAAACAUUCGCAACGCAGCCUCCCUACGGCCUCAUCCCUCCACCUCCUGUCUGGGUUCAACGCAACCAGGGGCUGAUGCGGAGCUGGGUAGAGCUGAUCAGAGAAAAGGCGGGCUAUGUGUCCGGGAUGUUGGCCCCUGUGGGCAUCGGCAUCACAGGGGCCCUGCUAAUUGUCGGCGCCCUCUACAGCAUCAGGAUGAUUCACCGCAAGAGGAGGAACAGCUUCAAACACCAGAGGAGGAAGGUCAGGCAGCCAGAGCAACCCAGAGAGCCCGGCACUAGUCGCCAGGACCAGGCCAUGCUGCUGGCCGACAGCUCCGAAGAUGAAUUCUGAUCGGACAUUUUUUGGGGGGGGCUCCUUUUUGUCGGCGGCCACUCCCCGACACUCAUGUAACGGAGGCUCGGCGAACAUCACCAUUGCUAUGACUACCGCAUCUCCCAUCACCCCGGGCCGUUUGGCUAUGACUCAUCUGAUCCACAGAGUGUGACUGAGUACAGGGCACAAUUUGCACAGGCUGCACAAUGGUCGGCUUUGUAAACCCCCCACCCGUCCUAAAAGUACCAAUGUGAGCACUUUUUUGAAUGUUGUCAGGUGACGUUGACUCUAAUGGCUUGGCAGGGCUGGUGUGAUGGACUUUGACUUAAAAAAAAAAAUACUAAUGCUGCUUGUGAACACAAAAUGAAUUUGCAGGGUAUCGGUGGGAUUAAAGUGUUGCUGGUGAAAGUGGCGCCAACCAGCAGGUUUUCUGUCAAGUAGUAAAAGGGCUGUAGAAGAGUGACAUUACACACACAAUGUAAAUAUAUUGUCAUGUCGGUGUAAAUAAAGGUUCAUUUUUAGUUACACAUGCUAGCACUUUUGAAAAAAAAAAGAAGAGUUGGAUGAGAGGACGGCUACAGCUAGCUUAAUUUAGCAUAAAGCUAGCUAGCCAGGCUCUGUCCAAAUGGGCCUACAGCACGUCUACAGCUCACCAACACACGAUAAGUCUUAUUCAUUUAAUGUGAACAAAAAAAUGAAGUGUAAAAAUGAAAUGAGACACUUUAUGGAGAUUAUGUGACAACCACCUGGUAGAGGGGAGCCGUGACUUUCUGAGUUUGUCUGUGGUUCCAUCGAUGACUGCUAAACAAACAAGAUCUAAAACAGUGUUCAUGCAGAAUCAUUUUUCUUGAUUUGUUUUGCCAAUAAAACAUACCACGUUAGCUGUUCUCCUGGUUUCCAGCAGUGAUGCUAAGCUAAGCUAAAACAAGCGAAGUUAGUUGUCUCGCUUAAUUUUUUUUAUAUGUUUUUUUUUUUUUUUUUGUGCAGUUGAGCCAGGAUAGUUGUUUUCCCAAUUUAGA